CACGAGCCGGGGGCGGGGCCUGCGCGCGCGCGCGCAGUAGCGGCCGCGCUGACGGGGGCGGCGAGGCGGUCGCUUCGAGCGUGUUAGUUCGCUCCCUGAAGAGAGUGAGGGCGGUUGGGCUCCGGCGGUCUCUCGCGCGUUCGCUGGGAGAUGUCCUUUGCUUCUUGGAUGUAAUGCACUUUAUGUUUAUUAUUCAACAGUGAAAAUGAGUCAUACGGAGGUUAAAUUAAAAAUACCCUUUGGAAAUAAAUUACUGGAUGCUGUUUGUUUGGUGCCUAACAAGAACAUAGCAUAUGGAAUAAUUCUUACACAUGGAGCAUCAGGAGAUAUGAAUCUUCCUCAUUUGAUGUCGCUGGCAUCCCAUCUUGCAUCUCAUGGGUUUUUUUGCCUAAGAUUUACUUGCAAAGGCCUUAAUAUUGUACAUAGAAUUAAGGCAUAUAAAGCAGUUUUGAAUUACCUAAAGACCUCAGGAGAAUACAAACUUGCUGGUGUUUUUCUUGGAGGUCGUUCGAUGGGCUCAAGAGCAGCUGCUUCUGUAAUGUGUCACACUGAGCCAGAUGACACUGAUGAUUUUGUUCGAGGUCUCAUUUGUAUUUCUUACCCACUACACCAUCCAAAGCAGCAGCAGAAACUCAGAGACGAAGAUCUGUUUCGUAUAAAGGAUCCUGUGCUAUUUGUGUCAGGCUCAGCAGAUGAAAUGUGUGAAAAGAAUUUGUUGGAGAAAGUGGCACAGAAAAUGCAAGCUCCCAGUAAAAUCCAUUGGAUUGACAAGGCAAAUCAUUCCAUGGCAGUGAAAGGACGGUCAACAAAUGAUGUUUUCAAAGAAAUUAAUACACAGAUCUUGUUUUGGAUCCAAGAAAUCACUGAAAUGGACAAGAAAUAAUUGUCAUUAGAAGCCCAUGUUAUUUUGAAUAAAAGUACGGUUAAUUUGAUAAAGAAGAAUAUACCUCUCAGCAUUGUGAGAUAUAUUUCAGACUAAUGUUCUUUAAUGUUGCCCUAUUUUUGAAACAUGGUAUUGUGAAAAUAUCCUUUACAAGAUGUCUUUUGAAAGCACUGUUAUAGUUAUAUGAAGAUAAUGUACAAAUAUUGAAGGUUGUCUAUAAUUUAUUUUCAUUAGUAUUGUUAAGUUUUGAAAAAUUAAACAUUUGCAUUUUGUUACAA